AUGAAAGUGACCAUUUUCCUGAAUAAAUUGAAGGGCUGCUUGAAUCCCAUCCAGAUUGUGAUCCCCAAAGGGUGUCUUCUUGAUCCCUCCAAUGAUGCGGCUGUCGUCGGGGGCAACGUGGAAACAUCACAAAGAGUGGUUGAUGUCAUACUUAAGGCUUUCGCUGUUUGUGCUGCCUCUCAGGGUAGCAUGAACAAUCUGACAUUUGGAGACGGAGACUCAGGAUACUAUGAGACAGUGGCUGGGGGGGCUGGAGCUGGUCCAGGGUGGCAUGGCAGAGGAGGGGUCCACACCCACAUGACCAAUACACGAAUCACAGAUCCUGAAAUAUUGGAAAAAAGGUAUCCUGUAGUGUUGAACUGCUUCAGUCUUAACCAUGGAAGCGGUGGUCGUGGCAAGUACAGUGGCGGAGAUGGAGUGAUGAGAGAGCUUUUGUUUAGGAAGAGGUUGACUCUCAGCAUCCUCACUGAGAGGAGGGUGUUCAGACCCUAUGGAUUGUUUGGUGGUGAAGCAGGACAACGUGGAUUAAAUCUGUUGAUUCAUGCAGACGACAGAGUGGUAAAUCUGGGGUCCAAGUGUUCAGUAACAGUAUCAGCAGGGGAUCGGUUCCGUCUGUUAACACCAGGUGGCGGUGGAUAUGGUGACCCUGGCGACGAUCACCUUAGCGACCAAGAACAUGACCAUGAUCACAAAAUGUUCUUCAAGAAAAGGAGGGCAGAUAAAGGCCAUCACAAGUACGCAGAGAAAGGUAGCGUGCAUGCAUACAAGAUGAAACAGGAAUCUGCAUGAACGAUCAGAGAUCACUGCAGGUCACAAUUUUAUUGAUGAUAAAGGACAAUAUAAAAAAAAAACUUUUUAAAAAUAUGACACCUUAAUACCUUAUCCUAUUACAAG